ACCAAAUCGAACCUUCCGACCGGGAAUACUACUAAGAAUCAACUUCCGAACGAUCCCUUUUCGUAUGACAUCUGUAUGGAAAGUUCUCCAUUCUCCGUAUAAAUUCAACCUAAUCUUUCAAUUCUACUAUGCAUUGACUCUAAUUCAAAAGGUAUUUGUCUCUCCUUUGGUUAAACAACUCUACGCGUCCCUACUUAAAAGUUAAUACACAAAACACAAAAAAACAAAGAUAAAAAUGAACACACAAUUUAACCUAUAACCAUGACCAAACUUGAUUUCAAUCGUUCAUCUAUAUAGAUUUAAAAUACCUUAUUGCUCUCAAUCUUAAUCUGUUAUAAUAGUAAUUCUGCGUGUGCUUACCAUUUUGACUAUUAAACAAAAAAAAAGGUGAAUUUGAGUCAUUCUAGAAAAAAAAAACCGUUUAAAUCUGAACUAUUAAAUUCUCUGAAUCAUAUGACUGAAGGAAACAACGAAGGAUUUUACAGAUUACAAUGUAUGGAUGUCAAUGGCAACAUAUUAUCCUUCGACUCUUUACGUAAUAAGGUUGUACUAGUGGUAAAUGUGGCAUCAUUAUGCGGAUUCUCCCCUCAAUAUUCGGACUUACAAGCAUUGUAUAAAAAGUAUGAGGGAAAGCUUGUCAUACUAGGGUUCCCAUGUAACCAAUUUGGGAAGCAAGAACCACUAACCGGUAAAGCUCUUAUUGACCACAUCCGGGCUCAUUUCCAAGUACUGUUCCCCAUUAUGGAUAAAAUAGACGUAAACGGAGAUAACGCCCAUCCUGUAUAUCGAUACUUGAAAGACAAGAAAUCUGGAACUUUGGGUUUUAAAGGUAUUCAAUGGAAUUUUGAGAAAUUCUUAGUGUCUAGUAAAGGUGAAGUAAUUGAACGAUAUACUUCAAAUAUUCCUCCAAGAUCAUUUGAAUUUUUAAUUGAAAAAUUGGUGAAGGAAAUCAAUAUAUGACAAACAUGAUUAUCCAUUCAUACCACACAACAUAGACACCCUACAAUGUAUUACUACA